AGUUACUGGCUGAGGUCUCUUGGCCUCUCCCGCAUGCCGUAGCGUGACGUGUAUGUCAGUUGUGCACCUUAGACAUGUCUGCCGACUGGGAAGAGAUUCGCCGGCUUGCGGCCGACUUCCAGAGAGCCCAGCUUAGCGAUACCGUACAGAGGCUAUCUGAGCGCAACUGCAUUGAGAUUGUUUCCAAGCUUAUUGCUGAGAAACACUUGGAUGUAGUGCACACCCUUGAUGGGAAAGAAUACAUUACACCAUCCCAAAUCUCUAAGGAGAUCAUAGAUGAACUUCAGGUUCGAGGUGGCAGAGUGAACAUAGUUGAGCUUCAACAGGUUAUCAACGUCGACCUGACUCACAUUGAAAGUAGAGCCAAUGAGCUUGUGAGAGUAGAUAACAAUGUACAGUUGGUGCUUGGACAGCUUGUGGAUAACAACUAUCUGGACCAGAUAGCUGAAGAAGUUAAUGACAAAUUGCAGGAAGCCGGCCAAGUGACUAUAUCAGAACUGUGCAAGACAUACGACCUUCCUGGAGACUUCCUGACAGAGUCAUUAGCACUAAGACUUGGAAGUAUUAUUCAAGGGAAGAUUGAUGAAAACAACAAGGGUGUCAUUUAUACGGAGGCAUUUGUAGGCCGCCAUAGGGCACGCAUCCGAGGGCUUUUCACUGCCAUUACGAGACCCACGCCAGUCAUCAGUUUGAUCUCUCAAUAUGGUUUUCCAGAGCAUCUUCUGUACUCUCUGUUGGAGGAACUUGUUAACUGCGGACGUUUAAAGGGCACAGUGGUUGGUGGAAGACAGGAUAAGGCUGUGUUUAUUCCUGACAUCUAUGCCAGAACACAGAGCAAUUGGAUAGACGCCUUUUUCACGCAAAACGGUUACCUAGAAUAUGAUUCCUUAUCUAGGCUCGGGAUCCCAGACCCAGUUGGGUAUAUUAGAAAAAGAUACAAGUCUGCCUCCUUAAUUUAUUUGAAGUCAGUAUGUGUUGGACAAAGUAUAGUGGAUCAGGUGGAAGCUUCAGUGGAAGAAGCCAUAAGCUCGGGAUCAUGGCUAGAUAUUGAGCCUUUGUUACCAAGCUGUUUAUCUGUGGAAGAUUCCUCAAUCUUACUUCAGCAAGUCAUGAGAACGUUAAAUAAAAACUCAUCUGCUCGAAUCUUUGGAGACAGCCUUGUCGUGAGCGAGAAGUUUAUAAGUGAAUGCAGCCGGAUUUUUAAUGAUCUCAUGCAACAUAAAGCUGAGAAGGAAAUGAAGCACAACCCUGUAUUUCUGGUAACAGAAGAGGAUCUCAAGCAAGCUGCUGUGUUGGAGAAUGCAAUAGGCAGGAAAGAGAAAAAGGAUGACAGGCGGAAAAAAGCCACAGAGGGCAGUGGAAGCACCAGAGGAGGCGGUGGUAGUAAUGCCAGAGAGAUAAAGAUAAGAAAGACUAAGAAAAAAUCAAGGAAAGAUGAAGACAGUGAUGAAGAGUCACAAACUACCAGCAGAAAUAAACCAAAGGAACGAGAGGUCCCAUUUAUGUCCCUGGAAGAAAUUCAAGACGUGUUAAGAAAACAUGUUCCAGAUGCUCCAGAUGAGCUGGUCAUUGAGCUCUCUGACAACUUAGUAAGACCCCUUACUAAAAGUUACCAAGAAGUGGUGCGUUCUGUCUUCAUGUCAUCUACAUCCUCCUCAUCAGGAGCCAGCAGGAAACAAACUAUGAAAGACUUUCAAGAAGAAGUGUCCUCUCUUUACAACAAUAUUCGUCUGUUUGAAAAGGGGAUAAAACUUUUUACAGAUGAAACACAAAGUAAUCUUGCUAAGCAUUUGCUGAAGACUGUGUGUACAGAUAUUACCAAUCUUAUCUUCAAUUUCUUGGCCGGCGAUAUAAUGAUGGCUGUGGAAGACUAUUCAACAAUUACUAGUGAGGUUAGGAAAAAAAUGUUGAAUAAAUUCCAGGAAGAAACAAAAGGCCCAUUGACCAAGCUGAAUAGUUCACUAGCUGGGAAGAGUAUAGAAGAAUUUCUGUCUUGCCUGGAUGCAGCAGCUGAUUCAUGUGGCAUCCUAGUGAAAAAAGGCGAUAAGAAGAAAGAGAGGCAAGUCUUGUUCCAGCAUAGACAAGCCCUUGUGGAACAACUUAAAGUCACAGAAGAUGCAGCCCUCAUAUUACAUCUGACGUCCGUCUUGUUGUUUCAGUUUACUACACAUUGUAUGCUUCACGCACCAGGAAGAUGUGUCCCACAGAUAAUUUCAUUCCUGCACACAAAGAUCCCUGAGGAACAGCACAGCUUGUUGGCUAACUACCAAAGCCUUGUGGUAAGGCAGUUAAUAGGUCAGACAAAGCAGAAGGAUGAUGAUGAUGUGGACACGACUGGAGAUCUAGCAGAUGAAUCUGGAAAAGCUUCAGAUAGCAUUAGAAAAGAACUUCAAGAGCUGUCUGCCGGAAUCAAAGAUCUUGUUCUCCGACCCAGAAAGACCUCCGCAUCAGAAGAGUAACCAGACAUCCAUUCAUUUUUAUAUCCAAAAGCUUUAUUUCUGCUAAGCUCCAAUAAACACUUUUUGAAUAUAGCAAGUAAAA